GCCGCACGCGUGAGUAAACAGCCGGAGCCGGGAAAGUCGAGGUCGGGCCGCGUCCGGGUGCUGCAGGGCAGCGGCAGAGAGGACGCAGGCCUGUCUUCGUACUUGGGGCGGGGGGCCGACAUGACGGCCCCGGGCCGCAGCCCCCUCGUGCCGCUGUUGGAGACUUUGGAAGACCCUUCCGCCUCCCAUGGAGAGCAGACCGACGCUUACCUGACUCUGACCAGUCGUAUGACUGGAGAAGAUGGAAAAGAAAUCAUUAUAGAAAUUGAGAAGAAACUUCCUCAGCUAUUCAGAGUUUUAAAGACUCACAUUGCCAGUCCAAACUCAGAGCUCAGUAGUGCUGCUCUGCAGGCCUUGGGGUUUUGCUUAUAUAAUCCGAAAAUUACCUCUGGAUUAUCAGAGACAAAUAUUCAAGAACUGCUUUCAAAACUGAAUGAUAUUGUUAAGAAUUCAGAUAAAAAUGUACGUACUAGGGCACUUUGGGUGAUAUCCAAACAGACGUUUCCCACUGAAGUUGUUGGCAAAGUAGUAUCUAGUAUAAUUGAUUCAUUAGAAAUAGUCUUUAAUAGAGGAGAGAUGCAUUCUGCUGUUGUGGAUUAUGAAGCAUUAAAUGUCGUCAUAAGGCUAAUUGAACAAGCCCCAAUUCAAAUGGGAGAAGAGUCAAUUAGAUGGGCAAAAUUGGUCAUACCUUUAGUGGUUCAUUCGGCCCAAAAGGUACAUUUGCGGGGAGCUACUGCUCUAGAGAUGGGAAUGCCGUUGUUACUUCAGAAACAACAAGAAAUAGCAUCUAUCACAGAGCAGCUUAUGACUACCAAAUUACUUUCGGAACUCCAGAAGCUAUUUAUGAGUAAAAAUGAGACUUAUGUGUUAAAAUUAUGGCCUUUGUUUGUCAGACUUCUUGGGAAGACCUUGCAUCGAAGUGGGAGUUUCAUCAAUUCUCUAUUACAGCUAGAAGAACUGGGAUUUCGUAGUGGAGCACCCAUGAUUAAAAAAAUAGCUUUUAUUGCUUGGAAGAGUUUAAUAGAUAAUUUUGCUUUAAAUCCAGAAAUACUAUGUAGUGCAAAAAGAUUGAAGUUGUUAAUGCAGCCUUUGAGUUCUAUCCAUGUGAGAACAGAAUCUCUAGCGCUGACAAAACUAGAAGUCUGGUGGUAUUUAUUGACGAGACUAGGACCUUAUCUUCCUGCUAAUUUUGAACAGGUCUGUGUGCCUCUGAUUCAAAGCACAAUAAGCAUUGAUUCUAAUGCUUCACCUCAAGGCAGUUCAUCUCGUGUAGCUACUUCUCCAGCUUUAAAUCCUGCGACCCCUGUACACAAAGGUGCUUCUCCAUAUGGAGCUCCCCGGAUGAACUUGAGUUCAAAUUUUAGUGGAAUGGCCACAAUCCCCUCUAUACAAGUUUUGGGGCUUGAAAUGUUGCUUCAUUUUUUGUUGGGUCCAGAAGUCUUGAGUUUUGCUAAGCAAAACAAACUUACGCUGAGCUUAGAGCGACUUGAACAUCCGUUAAUCACCAGCUCUUCUUUUUUUUCCAAACAUGCAAAUACAUUUAUCACUGCUGUUCAUGAUAGCUUCUUUGCAAUUAGAAAAGAUGCUUCUGAUGCAGUUGUCAAUGCUAUUUGGAAGGAGCUAGUUAGCUUGGUGAAGUCAGUUAUUGAAUCUGGUAACAAAAAAGAGAGACCAGGUUCUGAAGUUUUGACUCUUCUAUUAAAAUCUUUGGAAAGCAUAGUGAAGUCAGAAGUAUUUCCUGUAUUGAAAACACUGGUUCUCAUGGAAAUUACAAUUAAAGGACUUCCUCAGAAAGUAUUAGGUUCUCCAGCAUAUCAGGUUGCUAAUAUGGAUAUUCUUAAUGGAACUCCUGCUUUGUUCUUAAUUCAGUUAAUUUUCAAUAAUAAUCUAUUGGAAUGUGGUGUAGAAGAUGAAAGGUUUUUUCUCAACCUGGAAACACUUGUAGGCUGUGUUCUUUCUGGUCCAACUUCACCACUAGCUUUCAGUGACUCUGUCUUAAAUGUUAUUAAUCAAAAUGCAAAGCAGUUGGAAAACAAGGAGCAUCUUUGGAGAAUGUGGAGUAUUAUAGUCACCCCAUUAACUGAAUUGAUAAAUCAGACCAAUGAAGUCAAUCAAGGUGAUGCCUUAGAACAUAAUUUUAGUGCCAUCUAUUGUGCACUGACUUUACCAAUAAACCAUAUUUUUUCAGCACAAAAAAUUCCAGCGGCCACCAUGAAGACCUUACUUAAAACUUGGUCAGAAUUAUAUAGAGCAUUUGCUCGCUGUGCAGCUUUGGUGGCAACUGCAGAGGAGAAUUUGUGCUGUGAGGAACUUUCUUCCAAGAUAAUGUCCAGUUUGGAAGAUGAAGGCCUUUCAAAUUUAUUGUUCUUGGAUAGGAUCACUCAUAUUAUUACUGUAAUGGUUGAUUGCAUCGACUUUUCACCAUAUAAUAUUAAGUAUCAGCCCAAAAUUAAAUCACCACAGAGACCUUCGGAUUGGUCCAAAAAGAAGAAGGAGCCCUUGGGGAAAUUGGCUUCUUUAUUUAAACUUAUUGUGAGAGUGAUCUAUCCUUUCCACACUCUGAGCCUCAAGGAAGUACAUUCUGAUACUCUCCUCGCUAUUGGCAACUCAAUCACCAGCAUUCUUUCCAAUGUACUUGGACAUAUUUCUUUGCCUUCUAUGAUCCGAAAAAUGUUUGCAACUUUAACAAGACCUCUGGCAUUAUUUUACAAAAACUCAAAGUUUGAAGAAGUUCCUAAAGUGUAUAGUUGUAUGAACAACAAGUUAGAAAAGCUACUAGGAGAAAUUAUUGCUUGUCUACACGUCAGCUACACUGGGACUUACGACAGUGAACUUCUUGAACAGAUCUCGCCAUUAUUAUGCAUAGUAUUUUCACACAAGAAUAAACAGAUUAGAAAACAAAGUGCUCAGUUCUGGAAUGCCACAUUUGCUAAAGUGACGAUGUUGAUUUAUCCUGAGGAGUUAAAACCAAUACUAAAACAAGCCAAACAAAAAUCUCUGCUUCUGUUGCCUGGUUUGGAAAAUGUUGAAAUUAUUGAGGAAUCCAGUGGACCAUACUCAGAUACAACAGAAAAUUCACAGUUAAGUACGAAGAUAAGUGGCAUGGAAAGAACCUCAAGUGGAAAAAGAGAUUCUUUUUUGGCACAAACAAAGGAUACAAAAGACAAUAUGAAACCACCAGUUAAAUUGAAACUAGAGUCUUCAACUCCAAAAGCAAAGAGUGAAAUGCCUUUGGAAGAGGAAAAGUCUACUGACUUUGUGUUUAUACCUCCAGAAGGAAAAGAAACAAAGGAAAGAAUACUAACUGAACACCAGAAAGAAGUAUUCAAAACGAAGAGGUGUGAUAUUCCUGCCAUGUAUAAUAAUCUGGAUGUUUCACAAGAUACUUUAUUUUCUCAGUAUAGUCAGGAAGAGUCUAUGGAAAUUCCUGCUUUAACGGAAAAAUCCAAGGAAGAUUCCAAGAUAUUAUUUAAGGAGGAACAAAAGGAGAGUGACAUUGUCAUUCCUCAACAUGUCACGGAAAACUGUGGUAUGGAUGAACACCUUGAAAAGGCUUCCCUUUCGAAUAAUGAGUGUGGUUCUAUUGAGGAAACCAAUCCAGAAAUACUGAGCAGUAUUGAUGCCAGAAAAAAGGCUUUAAUUGUAUCAAAGAAGACGCCAACUGAAUGUGCAUCUAGUACAGAAAAUACAUUUGGUGUCAGCAGUAGCUCGGUUUCUAAUGCCACUAUUUCUGGAACUCCUUCCCCACAGCCUACAAGUCGAAGGCAAUCCUUUAUUACUUUGGAGAAGUUUGAUGGCUCAGAAAAUAGACCCUUUAGUCCAUCCCCCUUGAAUAACAUGUCAUCAGCUGUUAUAGUGAAAAAUAACCAGGAAGGCACAGCUAAAACAGAUAAUCCACCAAAAGCAAAGAAAAGAGAAGUGGCUCUUUCAAAAUCUGACUCUGAAAAAACAGUGCAUGGGAUUAAGAGAUCAGGCCGAAGGUCAAGUAAGCCUGAACCAAUAGGGAAUAAAAAGUCUAAGCCCUUGAUGAGAUCUGAUCAGGAGAAAAGUACUCGGGAAUCUGUUGAUGGCAUGGUAGCCUUAGAAAAUAACCCACCUGGUUUGCUUAAUCAAACAGAAUGUGUAUUAGAUAAUCAGGUUCAUCUCUCUGAGUCUUCAGUGGAGUAUGAGGAUACGAUGCUUAAACCAACAAUAGAAAAUACUAUACUAUUAGAAAACAAUACCGUAGAGGAGAAAACCUUAGAAAUUAACUUGGAAUCCAAAGAAAACACACCCCCAGCCAUAAUAACAACAGAUCAAACAGUAACUGAGGAUAGUCAUGUUCAGAUAACUCCAAAUCAUAAAACCCUUAGACGAUCUUUAAGGCGACGUUCAGAAACAGCAGAGCCAACCACUGAUAGCCAAGAUAAAGAAAAUAAUCAAAAAAGGGAAAGACGUAAGGAAGAAGAAAAGACUCUGCAGAGGAGUCCAUUGCAUGUAAAAGAUGAUGUUUUACCUAAGCAAAAAUUGAUUUCUGAACAAACUGUACAGGAAAAUUUAAUUGAGAAAGGAAAUAAUUUACAUGAGAAGACUUCUGGGGAAACCAGUGCUAAUGCUGAAAUUGAUGAAAAUAGAAGAAAGCCAGAUCUUGAGACUACUAAAUCUGAGGGAGAUGGUGCCCAGGACAUUGCAGAUAAAUCCUCUGAGAAACCAGUAAGGGGACGAACACGGUAUCAAACAAGAAGAGCAUGCCAGGGUUUACUUUCCAGCAUUGAAAACUCAGAAUCUGAUAGUUCUGAGGCAAAAGAAGAAGGUUCUAAAAAGAAAAGAUCUGGAAAAUGGAAAAACAAAAGCAGUGACAAUGUUGACAUUGAAGAUCAAGAAGAGAAGAUGGUAAAACAGGAAUGUAUAAAGGUUGAAAGUCAGACACAUGAUUAUAAAGGGAAUUCUGAAGUAGACAAAGAUACAAAAUCUCAGAUCUGUGAAAAAGAAGAAAGUAAUACUGUAACUCUUCAAGAUUCUACAAUAUCUUCAGAAUUAUUACAAGUUUCUGGUGAUGUAUCAAAUACUUAUGAGGGAAAAAGUAAAACUAACAAAUGUGCAGAACAUUCCUUUUCAAAUCCUUCUGUACCAGAAUCAAAUCUAAGGACUAGAAAUGCCAAUAAAAGAUUACAUAAGCGAGAUUCUCUAGAAAAUAGUGUGGGUGAGUCCUCAAAAACAGAAACAUCAGACAUUUCUUUGCUUUCUGAAAAAACUCUUGAAAUACUUGAAUGCCAACACAAGAGAAGUAGGAGGGUGAGGAGAUCUAAAGGUUGUGAUUGCUGUGGAGAAAAAUCACAACCUCAGGAAAAGUCAUUCAUUGGGUUAAAGAAUACAGAGAAUUAUGAUGUAAAAGUCAGCGAAACGAAAAAGACAGAUGUGCAGACACCUGUAACUAUAUCAGAAACUUCUAAAGCUGAUCUGUACUCAGAAGUAAAACUUUCAGAUGAGCAUCAUAGUGUGAAUUUUCAUUUGGAUCUCAAGGAGGAGAAUGAUACUAUUAAUGAUUCAUUAAUUAUAUCUGAAACUGAGUUGAAAGAAAAUACUAUUCAAGACUUUCUUCCUUCUGAAAUGGUAAAUUUUAAAGAAGAAACUUGUGAUAGGGAUUCUGAGGAAGCAAUAUCUCUUGAAAGCCAGGAGCCAUCUAAUAAAAAAUGUAAAACUAUUGACCCAUGUUUAGGUGACUCCAAAGAUAUUUCACUGGAAUGUUUUACUUUGGAGACCAAAGAAGAAAAGCCAGAGGCUAUCCCCAAAAAGGAAUUGAGUAUUAUAGAGAACCUUGCUAAUGUUGAAGCAAAUGCAGAAUUGAAUCCAGGAGAAGUAGAUGCUAUGGAAUUGAAUGCAGAAAAUGAUAAAUCUGAAGCUAGCUUCUCUGAACAAAAGAGUGUCAAAACUGAUAUUUCAGAGGAAGAGGUAACAGAGGAAAACAGUCAAAGAACGGAUGCACCUGAAGAACUGAGUGCUGACGAAGCAAUAACUGAGGAAUUUAACUCAGGUAUUGGUCAUUCUGAUAAUACCACACCUGUAAAAGUGAGUGCUCAGUUAGAGAUUUCUGAACAAAUAGCAGUUGGGGAACUAGACAGAGGAAGUGAUGAAUCUGAUCCAGGCUCAUCUGGAGAAAUGGAUGCUGAAAUGGAAAAUUGUGAAGAAACAAUGAUUGGUGAGGUGACUGCUGAAACUGACCGUGUGAAUGAAACAGAGGAUGAGGACUUAACUACCAAAGCCUCUAAGCCGAUAGAAGCUGAAACAAAGAGAUUGAAUGUAGAAAUCGAUAGCUUUGUUCCCGACACACUUGAGAUGAGCGCUGAAGAAGGAGAGGUUGACUCUAAUAAAACUGAAACAAAUAUUGAACCUAAUAAAUUUGAGGAAACAAAAUUAGAUGACAAUCAGAUGGUAGCGGGAAAUGAUGGAAUUUUACCGGAAGUUCACCAUACUUCAGAAAAAGUGGAGGAGACACCACAACCUCUGACAGCUGAAACAGCUGUUUCUGAACUGGUAUCAGAAGACAAUAAUACGUCUCCUCAAAAAUUAAGGGAUCUUGAUCCUUUACUCAUGUCAGCAAAUGACAGUCCUAGUGGCAUGCAGACACGCUGUGUCUGGUCUCCUUUGGCUUCUCCAUCCACCAGCAUUUUAAAGAGAGGACUAAAAAGACCCCAAGAAGAUGAAAUCUCAUCACCUGUUCACAAGGUUCGCCGUGUCUCCUUUGCAGAUCCUAUAUACCAAGCAGGAUUGGCAGAUGACAUUGAUAGGCGAUGCUCUAUUGUUAGGUGCCAUUCUUCAAGUAGUUCUCCCAUAGUAAAAAGUGUUAAAACUUCACCUACUGCGCAAUCUAAGCAUAAUACUACUUCAGCCAAAGGAUUUCUGUCCCCAGGAUCACGUAGCCCUAAAUUUAAGAGCUCAAAGAAGUGUUUAAUUGCAGAAAUGGCUAAGGAAUCUGUGCCAUGUCCAACAGAAAGUGUUUACCCUGCUUUGGUGAACUGUGUAGCACCAGUUGACAUCAUUUUACCUCAGAUUACGUCCAACAUGUGGGCAAGAGGACUGGGACAACUCAUUAGAGCCAAGAAUAUAAAAACAAUUGGUGAUUUGAGUACUCUUACAGCAUCUGAAAUAAAAACUCUUCCUAUCCGUUCUCCAAAAGUGUCUAAUGUAAAAAAGGCUCUCAGAGUAUAUCAUGAGCAGCAGGUGAAGUCUCGUGGACUAGAAGAGAUUCCAGUUUUUGAUAUUUCCGAAAAAACAGUAAAUGGAAUGGAAAAUAAAUCUAUUUCUCCUGAUGAAGAAAGACUUGCCUCAGAUUUAAUUGAUCCUGUUGCUUUAGAGACUCCGUUAUCUAAAAAUCUUGUGACCCAGAUUAGUGCACUUGCUCUUCAACUAGAUUCAGAAGAUCUCCAUAAUUAUUCAGGAAGCCAGCUAUUUGAAAUGCAUGAGAAACUUGGUAGCAUGGCAAACUCUAUAAUUAAAAAUCUGCAGUCACGUUGGAGGUCACCAGCCCAUGAAAAUUCUAUUUAGUGUUUUAAGAGAAAAUUGAAGUUUUUAAAAAAAAAAAUCACUGGAUUUGUUGAUUCAUAAAGUAAGUUCUGAAAUAUAGCACAAUUUCAGACUGAAUGUUUGCAAAGUUGGUAACAUUUCAAACGCUGAAGGGCAAUAUCUUACUAAGGUCAAUUUUGUAAGUGAGAUCAUCUUUUCCUGUAUAACAUGUUUUCUUGGCUGCUAUGCGUAGUUUUUCCAAAAAUUUAAAUAUCUUACUGAAAUGUGAAAGCAAAAACUAAAUAGCAUACAUUUUAUUUCACUUACUCAUGUGUAUUUUAAUGGAACAUUUUAUGUAAUAUACCUGUUCUAAGUAAGUAAAAAUGAAAAUUUUUAUUUGAACUUUUUGCUGAACUGAUAAGGUAUUUAUACUUGAUUUCCUUUUUUUAAAUUUAUAUUUGUUAUGCCUGAGGUUUAAGAAAUUUGUUCUUGGUAAAACACCCCAAAUGAGAUGCAAGAGAAUCUUUUGAAACGCUUUUCGCAGACAUCAACUUUAUUUGGACAAGAAAAUAUUUAUAUUUCAAGAAAAAUAUCAAAAGUUUCAACUUUUGGGGUUAAAUAUUAAAGCAGAAUUUACUAAAAUUCCAUUCAUUUGCGUUAGCAAAUAUUUGUUCAGCAGCAUUUGCCUGUGAAAAUAUACUCUUAUGAGACAUAUAAUAUUCAUUUAAAAAUGCACGACUAUUUGUACAUUAUGUAUAGAUUAAGUUUUUAAUUUAUAAAUUUCAGUCUUCGUUAAUCGCAUGAAUUUUUUUCUGCAGCUUGUGAAUACCUUUGUUUUGUUUAAUAGAAACAUAAUUUUGUAUAUAUUGAAUACUGAGAUAUCAGUAUGGAUGGUAGAAGUGCUUCAUGGGCUUGCUGCAGAUGUUUGUAGGAUUCUUUCUCUACAAAUAAAACAACAAAUAGUUUUGUACUUAGUUAAUAGUGUUAGUUAAAACAUGAGUUUAUUUUCUGAAGUAACCAGAAAGAGUAAAGUAAUAGAAAUGAGAAAGUGUUACAUGACAACUUUGCCAUUCAUUCCCAUAACCUUCCCCUGCAGCCCCCAUCCCUUUUGGUUUAGAAGAGGGUGUCAGCCACUAGAAAGCGUGCCUCAUUACAUUUCUCUUUAAUGGGGAUUUAGCUUGAGUCUUUUCAUUAUAACUUGGACCAUAAGAAAUCUAGAGUUUAUCUGCUCUUUUUACCUAUACCUAAAGCAAACUUGGGAGAAAUGUGAAACUGUUCUUUCAAAAUACUUAUGUUUUACCGAGUAAAAAAGUAAGGUGUAUAUAAUUAAACCAUUUGUAGAUUUUACCAACUGGUAUUAGUGCCUGACUUUCCCAUAUUUGUUUCAUCUUUUUAACAGUGAGAGUAUUUUCAUUUGUUUUCGAAAUAGAAUGAGCGAGUGAUCUUCUCAGUUGCAGACUUAUUCAGAACUAACCCUUACUUGAAAAGGCACACAUUCUUCAGCAACUUAUAGAAAGUUUAAUCCUUGUGUCUUGGUUAGCUUUACAUUCAGAAGGGGGCUGCCACCCAGUCACAGUAAAAGUUGGUUUUUCUUUAAUAAUAAAUCCAUUAUCAGUACGUUGCAAAUAUUUUAGGGUCUAAGUGUGAUAUUUAUAUGCUGAGGAUGAUUUUAAAAGAAAUUCUGGGACCACUGAACUGAGGAUUGUAGCUUGAAGAAAUAACUAAUGAAAAAUCAGGAAUUUUUUUGAAACAUUUAUAAUUGUGGUUUAAAUUGUCUGUCAUUUAUUUCCCAAUUGUAUUUGACAGUAAAGAGGCAUAUAUGUUUUUGCGAACAUGUGUAAGAAGGGAUGUGUACGUGUGUUGAGAGGAGUCAGAAUUAGCUCAUUUCAUGACUUCGUAUCUUAACUAUUUGUGUGAACUAAACUUACUUGCUGGUGGAAUGAAGUUCUUGGGAAGGUGAACAGUAUAGCAGAAAAUGUGACCAAAAUGAUUACCGUUUACUUAAGUCACUGAGUUUGAUGCAAGCACAGAUUUUAAUUUUAAAACGUUGUGGUUUAAUAAGGAUAUAUUUUAAAAUAUUUGAGGGCAAAAACCAGUUUGCUAAGUCUUCAUUGUUGAUAUAGUUACAAGUGUGUAUGUGAAGCACCUUAUUUUCAAUUUUCUUGCCUUAAAAUUUUCUGCAAAUUUUUUCCUGAGUGAUUCCGGAAGAGCUGAAAGCAUUAAUAUUCCUUGAUCAGCUCCAAUGUGUGUUGUUUCACUAUUAAAGUGAAAUCAGUUUUUUUCAAAUAAUUCCUAAUGGUUAAUAAAACAUGGCAAACAUUACUAAGAACACUCAAAUGUGAUUUCUUAUUUUAUGCAUUUAUAAAGAAUCUAGUUGAAUGCAGAGCCAUAGUAUAAUUUUCCAUGUUCCAAAAUGGAUUUCAUAGUGGAUUUAAAUUUCCAUUAUUUCAGUGAGCCCAUUAUUAAAGAUGCUCUGCUAUUUGAACAAGUUUGAAAGCCAUUGUUGAAUAGUGGAGAGCUUUUGCUCAAGUAAUAAUUGCAGUAGGAUAAUACAGUCAAAAAUAAGAUUGAAAUGUGAACUUUAAAAGUAUGGUAACCCUGACAUUGCCCAUGAUUCAUUCUUUCUGUGCAGCUUGGUGUAGUAGUCAGGGAUUCUGUUAUAUAUUUAAGAAUCAAAAAAAUGUCAAGAAAGUUGGGUUAUAUCUUGCCUUAAAUAAAGGUGGCAGGACAAGAAACAAAAGUUUGGAAAAAUGGGAGGAGUAUGUGGAAAACAUACAAGUAGAGUUUUGUUUUUAAAGGAAUGAGUAAAAAUAAGUGCUGUUUCAAAGGCAGGCUUAGUUGAAAUUUACCAAAAAUACGAGUUACGGUGUCACAUUUUUCUCUUAAUGCCAUUCCUUCCAACUUUGACUUUAUAAUCCACUAAGAAAAGCCUAGAUUCCAUCUCAUAUUCUUCAUAAUUGAUUUGCAGGGAGAUAAUUUGUGAGCUAGGCUUGGAGGCCAUAAAAUAGCAGUUGUUAAUAAUUAUUGGCUAAUAAGACUUGAGUCAGGGGAGUUAUCUGCUUGCUCAUUAGUUCAGCACAUGUCCAUUUUAUCCCUAAGCCAUUAGAAAGGUCUUGUAUGUUGUAUACAAACAUUAGAGUGAAGUUCUGACUCUUAACAUAGUACUUCUCAAACUUGCAUGUAUUUGUAAAAAUGCAGAUUCUGGUUCAGUAGGUCUGUGAUGGGGGCCUAAUAGUUCAUUUCUGACAGUUCCCAUGUGAUCCAUACAAAUGCUGAUGUGGACUGCAUUUGUGGUUGUCGGCAUAAGAGGCUUCAAGAUCUAAAUUAAAUUAGGUUUUGGUAUCCCAAGCAGAUUUAAGUCCUUAGAAUUAUUGCCACAAAAGAUAAAAGCUAGUCGUUUUUAAAGAAACUUUUUCAAAUGUCUGAAUUGAGGAUUCAGAUUGGUCUUGAAGACUUCAAAUUACAGUUCAAAAAUUUAAAUAAAAUUGUAAAAGGUAGAAUUUUCCCUCAUUUGGAGCCUUUUAAGUAUGGAAGAUAAAUAUUUUAUGUUAUAAAGAACCUUAUUAAGUAGUUUGGACAAUGUGGAGUCUUACGAGUAUAUGUGGAUUAUGUUCUGAAUUUUUUGUUAAUAUAAAGGUAAAUUUUCACAAUAUUAGAGGUGCAUUUAGAAGGCAAGAUUUCGUUUAGAGACUAAGUUAUGGGACUUCAUUAUUUCAUUAAUAAACCUUGAAAACAGACUACCCCUAACUAAGUUUAAUUUGGCAGUAAAGUUAGCAGUGCUAUAGUAAGUCAAUUCUGACAAAUGUGCCUUAUAAUCAUUUUACUGAAGACCUCUGGUGACUGCUGCGACAUUACAUGGUUAAAACUUCCUGUUUUGUUGUAAAAUGGAGUUGAAAGAGUUGAAUAAUCUGAUUUUCCAAAAUGAGUUUUUCUUGGCAUUCUGUUAAGAUGUUAUAUUUCCUUCAUAUUUAAAUACUUUUAUUGUAAGAGCUGCCCUCAUCCAAAGCACUUAAGGAAAUGUCGCCAGAAGUUAAGUAAUGGGUUUUAAAAAUAGAUUAUCAAAAUUUACUGAUAGCUCAAUCUGUGAAACAAAUCUGAUCUUUGUGGUUUCUCAUGGCCCAAUUAAUGAUAUGUCUAUUAUGUGCGAGGUUUUGUAUAUUGCUUCUUGAAAGUAUCCAUUAAAAUCUGAGUCAUUUGGAUUUGAAGAUCUAUAGAUACUUAAUAGAGUAGUAGUCUGAUGUAAUUAUGAGUGUCUACUUAGUUCUUGGAAUAGAAUAUUAAAUUUUACAAUGUGGUCUUUACCGUUUUUUUUCUUCAUAUGCCAAUCCUUUCACCAAAGAACAGUUAAAACCAAGUGCCGAACUGUAAAUGCUUACUCCCCUGAAAUACACCAUUAGAAUAAAAGAUAACCUCUCUCCUUACAUGUGAGUAUAAAAUUAAAGACAGUAUUUUAAAUUGAUGUCACAUGGAAGAAAAAAAACCUACAUAGCUUUUGGUCUUCUGCUUGUAGUAGAGGGAACAAUAUCUUUACAGUGUACCAUUUUAUAACUGGAUGAAACUAAGCUUAUCAGAUGGCAAACUUAUAUGUUGAUAGAGAUUGAUGCACUGAUAAAUGGUAAAAUGAAGAGAAAGGGAAAGACAAAUUGAGCUGAAAUAGUAAUAAAGCAAAUUAGGUCAUUAAGUAUAGAGACAAACAGUUCUGUGUAUUUUGAAAAUAACUGGCAGCCAGUGGUCCCUGAGUUAUCCUAUACAUAAUACAGUACCAUAAUUAAUGUUCAUAAAGCCCUUGAAUAAUUAUUUAGAAAUACAUUAUUAUUUAAUACUCUGACCCCCCCAUCAGUAAAUAAUUUCCAACAAAAGACAGUGUUAUUUCUUAGAUGGAUAAGCUGCAUAUAACUAGGAAGUUCACUUUCAAAAUAAAAUGUCAUGGAACCGAAAAUGGAAUGUAUUAAUAGCUAUUUUGAUACUUGGUUGAAUAGUUAACAGGGGUCUGAGGAAUUUUUUAUUUUUAUGGAAUGGAAAUUUUCUAAUAGAAAAAUGGAAUUAAGAAUGGAUUUUGAGUAUAGGAAACGAAAGAUGGCAGUUUUGCCUAGUAAGUUUAAAGAGCAGAGGUUGACAAACUACAACCUGCCACCUCUUUUUUACAUCUAAUGAGCUAAGAGUGGUUUUUACGUUUUCUAAAUGGUUGAAAAAAAUCAAAAGAAUAGUAUUUUGUGGCACAUGAAAAUAUAUAAAAUUAAAAUUGUAUUGUUUGUAAAUAAGGUUUUACUGGGACACAGUCAUGCUUAUUUACAUAUUUGGCUGCUUUCCAGCUACAGUGGUAGGAUUGAGUAGUCUGAAGGACUGUGGUGGCUUGUAAUAUCAAACAUACUACUAUCUGACACUUUACAUAAAGUGUGCCAGUCCUUGACAUAAGGGAUAGAUUUGUUCAUACAUGGCAGUUUGGUUACUUCUGGCUGGCAGGAUAGGAAUAUUGAUUUAAUUUCUGUUGCCAUUAUUUAGAUUUUAUUUUAUAAAAUGGGUUCCCCUGGUUCCAUUUAUAUCUUACCAUAGCUCAAAUACACAUAUACUAGGAGAUACUAGUACUUUUUAGGUACGCCUUUUUCUCCCAAACUCUUAAAACAUUGUUCUGUGUUUGCCAUGGAUAUUAAGGGACCUGAUGUGUGAAGGAAGGGCAUCUGGCACUAAUUGGUUAAAUCACACCUGUAAAACAAUUGGGGCUUUGGGGAGUUUGCUUUCUGUGUUGUUGAGUAAUUGAUCACUUUCAAUAUAAACACUACCUCCUGUGGAUAGACUUGACUAAUGUGCACUUAGAAAAGGACUGAGAGAAGCCAAGUCAGUCAUUUAUUAGCCCUGUAAUAUUUUUGUUUUCAUCACUUGAUAAACUCUAAGAGAGCUUAGUUUUACAUUCAGAAAGCAUUUAUAUUUGAUAAGUCAAAUGAUUUAAGUUGAAACUUCACAGAAGUACCUGUUCAUUCCUCAAUUGACUGUACUAGUAGAUGGGAAAUACGGGUGCAGUCAGUUUUGUUUAUGUAAUGCUUUAUACAACGUUUGAAGCAGGUAGACCUAUACUAAAACUGUAUUUUCAGGUUCAUUAUGACUGAGUGGAGGGAGGGAGAAUCUGUGUCUGAUCCACAGUAAAACUUUCAUAAUCUGUUGAGAGUUGACUGUUAUCACUUGCCAAUUGAAACUGGACAUUGAAACAUUUUUAAAGAAAUGCACUUUAACCUGAAAUAAAACUAAAAAAAAAAAA